CUUAUCCAAGAUGUCCGCUGCCAUGCGUUAAGUUACUGAAGGUCGAUAUAAGAACAUAGUAGGAAACCAUUUAUUAGAUCUUUACUACAGUCAGCUGAUAAGUUCCCGACAGUUCAAGAAUCAUUUAUUGCCUGUUACAUCUCAAACUAGGAGCAGACGAGAUGAGUUAGCAGGACCAUGUCAGGAGUCUUACAAACAUACAAUAUGGAAGACCUCGAUGGUCAGCAAGGUCAAGGUGAUUCUAUGGUAUCUGGUCGUAGUCUUGGCAAUGGACAUCAUAGUCGUCCCCAGUCUCCACUUAAAUUCUUCUCUCAAGCCAAAAAGACAAUCAACGAUAUAUUUAAGGAAGUAUUAGAAUAUAUCAAUGAGUCAAAGACAUUUCUCACUGAGCACAAAGAUGGGUCAGAGGAAAAGAAACAUGUGGAAGAGUUUCAGGAUAUGGUGAAAGGCAUCAUAGAGGUUUUGGCUCGUGACCACAUGAAAGUGUGCUUCUUUGGAAGGACUUCCAAUGGAAAGAGCUCGGUGAUAAAUGCUAUGUUACGAAAGAAGAUAUUGCCCAGUGGCAUCGGGCACACAACCAACUGUUUCCUCCAGGUAGAAGGAUGUGAUGGAAAUGAAGGAUGUUUAUAUACAGAAGAGUCAGACGAGGCAAAAAGCGUCAAUUCUGUGAAGCAGCUAGCUAGUGCCCUGAGUACAGCAAAGUUGAAGGAAAACUCUCUGAUCAGGAUCUUGUGGCCCAAAGAAAAAUGUCGUCUCCUCAAGGAAGAUGUCGUCUUUUUAGACAGUCCGGGCAUAGAUGUGACUCCUGACCUGGAUGAAUGGAUUGACCGAUUCUGUCUAGAUGCAGAUGUGUUCGUACUCGUGGCGAAUUCUGAGUCAACUUUGAUGAGGACGGAAAAGAAGUUUUUCCACAAAGUGAGCGACCGCCUUUCCAAGCCUAACAUUUUCAUCCUCCAGAAUCGGUGGGAUGUAUCUGUGCUAGAGGAGGAUGCGGAGGAGGUUCAUUCAGUGAAAGAGCAACAUUACCAGAGAAAUGUGGAAUUUCUCUGUGAUGAGCUGAAAGUGGCAAACAGUCAGGAGGCCAAAAACAGGAUCUUCUUUGUGUCAGCGAAGGAAGCCCUCAUUACUCGGCUACAUGAGGAUAAUCAGACUCCUACUCCAACUGGGUCCUUGCAACGGGACUUCACAGACCGACUUUUUGAGUUUGCCAACUUUGAGAGAAUGUUUGAGGUGUGUAUAUCUAAGUCAGCUGUUAAGACAAAGUUUGAACAGCAUGCCAAGAGGGGCAAAAAAGUCAACGGUAAUCUUAGGGACGUGAUGGAAAAAACCUACACCGACAGUUUACAGCAGAUGGAAGAGUCUGUACGUGUCCGACAGGAAACAGCAGAUGAACUUGACUACCUAGAGAAGCAACUGACCCUGCUGACUGGCGACAUUAAGGAUAAAAUCCGCUUCAUGGUGGACGACGUUGAACGAAAAGUGUCAACGGCACUGAGUGAAGAAAUUCGCCGUCUGUCAUCCAUUGUAGACGAGUUUGAACGUCCAUUCCAUUCUGACCCAGUACUUCUCAAUGUCUACAAGAAGGAGUUGCAUAGCCAUGUUGAGGGUGGGCUGGGCCGGAACCUACAACAACGCUGCUCGUACGUACUACAGAACUCUGUGGAAGAAACGCAGACUGAAAUGACAGAACGUAUAGCUGUUCUACUACCGGAGGAAACCAAACAACAGCUUUACAACUUAGUUCCCAGGCGCGACUUCGAGAUUGCGUACCGUCUGGACUGUCGGAAUCUGUGUGCUGACUUCCAGGAAGACAUACAAUUUCGCUUUUCCAUGGGUCUCACUGCCCUUAUGCAGCGUUUCCUCGGAAGAAAGGGUGCUCACUCCGUUCUGACUGGCCAUUCUGAUACGAUACCACGGCCAAUGUCAGAAGGAGGGCCACAGACACCCCUCGGAGAGUUUUAUCGUCCUCUUGCCCCAGAACAGAACAACCAGUUACUCAUCUCCAUGAUAACAACCUUUGCUUCCAUCACGUCGCGUACCACCAUGGGGGCCAUAAUUGUUGGAGGCCUUGUUGCCAAGGCAGCAGGCUGGAAGGUGAUAGUGGUGACAAGUGGGCUUUAUGGACUCCUCUAUAUGUACGAGAGACUGACAUGGACAAACAAAGCCAAGGAGAGGUCGUUCAAACGUCAGUAUGUCGACUACGCAUGCAGUAAACUGAAACUGAUUGUGGAUCUCACCAGUGCUAAUUGUAGCCACCAAGUACAACAGGAACUAUCUUCUACUUUUGCACGUCUCUGUAACCAAGUAGAUAUAUCCAAGGAGAAGCUUCAGGUAGAAAUCUGUAACUUAGAUAAAGACCUGUCUCACCUCAAGGAAGUAUCGGCCAAGGCCAAACUUCUCAGAAACAAAUCAGACUGGUUGGACAAGCAGCUGAAUGGAUUUAUAGAAGAAUUUCUUGUGAAACCUGAUGCAUGAUAGAACUGACUUGUAUCGAAGCCAGAUCAGUGUUGAUAACACCAAGGGAGAAAUAGUGGUCUGUUUGUGGCAUAAUAGGAAAGGACGACAUUCCCGAAAUGUUUGUAAUUGUUAAGUCUUACAUUCAAUGGAGGAAGCUAUCAAGACUUUAACACAAUGCUACAUUGUAUUUACACCCUUCAAAGACGGGAUGUCACUCUUGUUUAUUUGAAUAACUGACAAGUUUUAGUGAUGAAAUAAUUUGAUAUCAGAUAAAAACAGGUUAUUAGAAUCUUUAUCUGACAACCGUUGGUUAUCAGAAUCUUUAUCUAAUAACCUUUGAUUAUCAGAAUAUUUAUCUAAUAACCUUUGGUUAUCAGAAUCUUUAUCUGACAAUCUUUGAUUAUCAGAAUCUUUAUCUGACAACCUUUGGUUAUCAGAAUCUUUAUCUGACAACCUUUGGUUAUCAGAAUCUUUAUCUGACAACCUUUGGUUAUCAGAAUCUUUAUCUGACAACCUUUGGUUAUCAGAAUCUUCAUCUGACAACCUUUGGUUAUCAGAAUCUAUAUCAGAAAAGUAGGUGAUUAGAAUCUAACUAUAAGAUGGACUCUAUUUAUUAAAAUGUUAUAUCCUCUAUGUACAUAUUGGCUAAACUGUAUGUGUCUACUAUUGAAUUACUUGUGUAUGUUGUGUAAAGAGAGUCUUUCAUCACUUAAUGUAUGAACAUAUACUAGAAAGUCACCAUAUAGCCAUGGAUUGCUCAUCAUUCAUUGUAAGGAACUGUUAUCUGAUAACAUUUAAUUUUACAGGUCAUUCUGUAUAAUUUUCCUAGUUUCGGUGAAAUCAUUUGUAGCCUCCAGACAUAAUUGCAUCUAUUAGCCCACCAUGAUUAGUUAAAGGGCUGUUCAAAUUGCCCCUUGUCCAUGGUCUGUCAUAUGUCUGUUUUCCAUCCACAAACAAUUAUUUUUAACACUACUUCUUGAGAAGUACUAGGAGGAUAUUUCUCAAACUUUUUAUGUAUUGUUCCUCUUUGACUCUACAUGCCUAUUCAGUUUGAGACUCAUUGGUCCCUAGUUGUACCAAUGAAAUUAUGAGUGUAAUCGGGAAAACAAAAUGACUAACAGGCCGCUAUCUUGGAUUUUGACAGUAGAAAUUUUUAAAGCUAUUUCCCUGCUUGUUAGAUUCUUCUUUAUCUCUCUUUCUUUUUUUGCAUGAUCAGUUUUGCUUCUGAUCAGAAGAAGCAACCUACAAUAUUAUUUUGUGAAUUCUACAUAUCAAUAGAACAUAAUUAUAAAGAAGAAAAAGGAGAAAAAAACCCAUACAAUGCUGGGCAUCAAGAUCCCUCUGGGUCUCUUGUUUACAGAUAUAAAGUUUUUAGAGAGAAGGUCUGUUAUCAGAAUAGCAGUCUAUAAACUGUGUCUAAAUGUGAAUAAAGAGUGUUGUUAAUUGAUUUUAGUUUUAUAAAUGCCUUUGUUCUGGUGUCGCAUCCUUAGGUCUUUGAAAACAGAAUUCUUUAUAUGCAAACAGAAUUCUUUAUAUGCUCCAUAAAUGACUGGACUGCUGAAUGCAUACAGCAUUCACCUUACCUGGAACAUGUGUAAGUACAAUUUGUGUUUAGAUCUUACGUCAUUCUGUCAGUUUUCAAAGUUUUUUGUAAAGAUGAAGAUUUUCAUCCUGUUAAAUUUAUCUGUGUUAAAAUCAAUACCAAAAAAAUCAUCUGAUUUUGUAGUUUUUAUAUCAUUUUUGUUCACUAUGUUAUAAAUUUUGUUGUUAAUCUUGAAGAGCCUCUGAUUUUGUUGAUGAAUCGGCACACAGGCCAGACACAGGGGCAUGUCUAGUCUUAUAUCAUUAAAAAAAGCCAGAAAUAUUGCUGGCUAUUUUUAGAAAAUAUAAGACUAUACCUGCCCCUGUGGGCCAGCUGUAGAAUGCUCUAUGAUUGAUUAUUGAUACCAGACAGUAUCAAUGGUGUUAUGAUGCGAGUCAUAUACAAGUCAUAAUGUAUUGCUAUUUGUUAUUGAUGUUGAGUAUUCCUAGUGGGAGAUAAAAUUAAUUUAUUGUGUUUGAGGUAGUCUUGGUUUCCUCUGGCCCCGGAAUGAGAUGAUGGGACAUUUUGAUGAUUCUGGUGUAGAGGCCAGGGGAGACUCGGGCUAGGCUUUGGGAGGUGGGCUAUCCUGGGAAAGAAAUGAAUAGAAUUCUAUCGAGACUGGUUUGAAUAUGUUACAUGUUGUUUGUAUGACAGAUGUAAGAUUUGUACACUUAUAUGUCUGUAAUUCUCUAAUCAGCUUUGUAUGUAUUACGUUAUUGGUAUAGAUUUUUUGAUUGUUACAUGUUUUGUGUACUAGCUACGUACCAAGCUACUUUUAUAAAUGACAUCUUUAUCAAACCUCAUUUUUUAUGUCAUCCAGGUAAAAUGAUUAUUGGAAGAAAACUUUCAUGUCAUAGGGGCACAUUGUGUGUCCAUGUUCUAUGGGCACCUUGUCUGUCCAUGCCAUAGGGGCACGUCUGUCCAUGACAUAGAGGCAAAUUGUCUGCAUAUGUUCUAUGGGCACCUUGUCUGUCCAUGUUCUAUGGGCACCUUGUGUGUCCAUGUUCUAUGGGCACCUUGUCUGUCCAUGUUCUAGGGACAUCUUGUCUGUCCAUGUUCUAUGGGCACCUUGUCUGUCCAUGUUCUAUGGGCACCUUGUCUGUCCAUGUUCUAUGGGCACCUUGUCUGUCCAUGUUCUAUGGGCACCUUGUCUGUCCAUGUCCUAGGGGCACCUUGUCUGUCUAUGUUCUAUAUGGGCACCUUGUGUGUCCAUGACAUAGACGCACCUUGUCUGCCUAUGUCCCAGGGGCACUUUGUCCAUGUUCUGUGGGCACCUUGUCUGUCCAUGUCAUAGGUGUACCUUGUCUGUCCAUGCCAUAGGGGUCAAUGUGUCUGUCCAUUUCAUAGCUAUAUGUACGGGCCCCUUGUCUGACCUAUGUACACGUAUGGCAGAACAAGUGUGGUAAAGAGCUACCAUAAUUGUUGUAAUAAUACAACAGUAAAUGUUCAUCCUUGGUUUAUGUAUUUACAUGUUAUUAAGUUACAUUAUAUGCAGCAUAAAAUUGUGUAAAAUAUUAAUUUGGAUAUACAGCAUUGCUCACUGAUUAGUGACAUCACAUGUCAAGGAAUAAAAUAAAGAUAGAAUAAUUUGCAAUAACAUUAUUUUAUAAGUGUCAUCCACAUGUGUUGAACCAGUAAUUAUAACAUAUUACCUUAACGUGCACUAAUUCAGUAUUAACCUUUAAAAUAGGAAAACCAAGUUAUUACCAGGUAAUAUUUCUGUCCCAAAACGUUAUUUUUACCCUAGCAUCAUAUGAGUGAUGCCAGGGUUGGGAGCUCUGGAUUCACAAUAUUAGAAAAUGUUGAGGUCAUUAAUAUUAACUAUAUUAUAAUUUAUUUUUAAGCAAAUGUCAUGAACAAUACCUUGAAAUUGCUUGUAGAAUUUGGGCCAGAAAGUUAGAAGUGAAUUUUGUGCUGUCACAUUGAGAAGUAACACAUUAUUUUCUAAUUUUUUUAGAGCAUAUUGAACAGAAAAGCAACAAAAGCUCACACAAUAGCCAGAUUUAUUGUGCCAUUCUUUCUGUGAUGUUUCUUUUUUUCUAGCUGGAUAGUUACUUUGUUCUGAUUUAUAAAACAGAAAAUACAUCUAGAUCUGUGCAUAUUACUACGUACAGACAAGGGGAAUAACUCAUCCGACUUUGAUGUACCUGUAUUUAACCUGGGUUCCACGUGUGCCUGAUUUUGCCAUUGUCCUUUUAAUGUAUUGUUUAUGUAGUCAUUGAAAUUUUGUUUAAGACUUCAAUGAAACACAAUUGUAUUAAAUACAAAUUCAUUA